UUAGUAUAAAACGUGCCACGUUCGUCGUUCUUCUCCGGACAGCAACAGAAGAUGUCUCUCGAGUUUGCCAGCUUGAGAGCUGGUUUCCGUGGCCUCACGGCCAACCCCGCAGCCGCCGCCGCCGCCGCCGCUCCGUCGCCGUCGAGGUCCCACCGCCGGAGGGUUCCCGAUUUCUACAGCCCAUGUCUCCGUCGCGGCGGGACUCCUCACCCCGCGCCGGCAAUCGCGAAGGCGGUCAUGGAGACGAAGGAGAGCGUGGCGGCCUCCGCCGCCUCUAGCCCCCCCGUGAGAAUCGUCGCCGUCGUCGGAGAGGGCGCGUUGAGCCCGCUUAAGGGCGCGACGUGGAGCGAGGUCAUGCUCCACACUGCAAAGAGACUGAAAUGGGUUGAUGAUGGAUUUGAAAUGCAUGUGUUCACAGAUAAUUUCUGCCAAUUUAAGGAUCAGGCAUCUGCAAAACUUCGGGAGGAGCUGAGACAUGCAGACAUUUUGGUUAUCGUUGCGGUAACGAGUCAGGAAUCAGUGAAGUGGAUUGAGAGAAACAGCGGAAAUAUCCAGAACAUAAUCAGCUUUGAUUCAUCCCCAAGUUUAAGUAAUAAACUAGGUGGAUCAGUUGUUCAAACUGAAACAAAAGGGACCAUCUUUGGGAAACUGGUGGGAACAUUUGAAUCAAAGCAAACCAAAGAGAACAGUCAAGUAAUUGAAACAGUAUCUGAGGCCUGGAUGCGUCGCAACUCCGAUGAUAUAAGGUUCUGUUUGUUGGUCGUAAUCAAUGCUUACAUAAGGCCAGUUCCAAUUCUAAAAAACCUGAGGUCAAAGGGUUUUUCUACAUUGAACUGCAUGGUGAAGAACUGCGGGCCUCAGAUAUUGAACUGCCUCCUGGAUCCCAAUUGUAGAAAGGCUCUUCAGUGCUUGAACCAGUGUAGUCCCGUGGAUCAGGUUUGCAACUAUAGAUGUAUUGCGUCAUAUGAGAGCCCGAACUUGGAAGCAUUUUCUUUGUGUGUCCUGCAGAAGAAUAAUUGUCUGGAGUUGGAUGCGGCAAUCCCUGAAAAACCAUUCGUCCCACCCAUGGUUAAGUUUCGAGGCGAGAAGAUCUGCCAUGAAUCUGCAGAAGAUCUCUUUGUGGGAUGGUUAGGUAAUCUUGAUUGGAGUUGGCGUGUCGUAGCUGGUCAAAACCCGGCUUAUGAUCAUUUCCCGUGCCAGUACCAGCUAUUUUACAGAGGAAAAGCGAAAGGGUCCUUUUGGUAUGAGCCGGUUUUUCAGGUGAAAACUCUGGAGGGAAAGAUGGUCUGGAGGAGGCGCAAGUACCGGGUCAAGAGAGGCAAGAUCCCGGGGACGUUUUACUUCAGUGUUUUGGAUAAUGGAGUGGUUUCAAACGAGUUCUGGACUAUCGUUGAUGUGUCUGAUGAUCUCAGCUGGGGUUUGUUUCACUACAGCGGAGCAGCACGAGCCGCGGGGCAGUCCUAUACUGGUGCAGUGCUUGCGAGUCCGGACGGGCAGUAUCCGAAGGAGAUGGGUGACGGUCGAUUAGCGUCGGCGCUUGAGAAAUGCGGAAUAAAAGAUUGGGAGCUUUAUACCGUCGACAACUGCUCAUGUCUUGAUCCUCCGCUUGGGAUACCUGAAGGUUCAAGCUUGCAUCGCAUGAUUCAACUUGACUAAGCAAAGUUGCAAGAAGAUAGCAGAAGCUGUAUCGUGUAGGCUUUUACAACUUUUAACAUAUUGUUGCAUAGAAUCAAUGGGUAUGUGAUCAGAUAUAUGGGUUUUGGAUAUAUUUUAUGUCUUGAGAUCA